CACUGAUAAGAAAUCGGCCCUUUCACUUUCAUCUUUCGUCUUUCAGUUGAAAAUUUCGUAAGAGAAUCUUUCUCUGUCUUGUUCCUGUAUCUAGUAUUAUUUCAAAUUUGAUUAUUAUGUCACCAUGACUUGAUUGAUAUCAUUCAGUAUACUUUACCAGGUAACUUCAACAUGAAACUCCAUACUUUCAUUCAGUUGCAAAGAAACUCUCAUUUGAGUUUUGCAGUAUUGAGGCAUUUCCAUCGAACCGGAGCAGAUGCUACGGUUUCCGUCGAUGUAACAUCGAGCUCGAAUAAAUCGCAAAAUGAGAAACUCAGCAGCAGACCGUUGUACAUGGAUGCUCAAGCUACUACGCCGAUGGAUCCUCGUGUCGUAGAUGCCAUGUUACCAUACAUGGUAUCGCUGUAUGGUAAUCCUCAUUCUAGAACUCAUUCCUAUGGUUGGGAGACUGAAGAAGCUGUUGAGAAAGCUCGAAAGCAAAUCGCUGAUUUAAUCAAAUGCGAUCCUAAAGAAGUGAUAUUUACGUCCGGUGCAACUGAAUCUAAUAAUAUAGCUAUUAAAGGCACUGCUAGAUUUUAUAAUAUCAAAAAGAAGCACAUUAUCACUACUCAAACGGAGCACAAGUGUGUAUUAGAUUCUUGUCGAGCUUUAGAAGGUGAAGGAUUCAACAUAACGUAUUUACCAGUCAUGUCUAGCGGUUUAGUAAAUUUAAGUGAUCUCGAGAGUGCCAUCACAGAUCAAACAUCUCUAGUCUCUGUAAUGAUGGUGAAUAAUGAAAUCGGCGUGAAACAGCAAAUUAAAGAAAUAGGUGAAAUAUGCAGAAAAAAGGACGUCAAGUUUCAUACUGACGCUGCCCAAGCAGUUGGUAAAAUUCCAAUUAAUGUUAACGAACAAAAUAUCGAUUUGAUGUCCCUUAGUGGACAUAAAGUGUACGGUCCCAAAGGUAUUGGAGCUUUAUUCGUUAGACGUAAACCUCGAGUGAAAGUUGUCCCUUUGCAAAGUGGAGGUGGUCAAGAACGUGGUAUUCGCAGUGGCACCGUUCCAGCCCCCUUAGCCGUAGGUUUCGGAGCAGCUUGUGAAAUAGCCAUGCGAGAGAUGAAGUACGACCACGAAUGGAUGGAAUUACUUUCCAAACGGUUGCUCGAUAAAAUAAUGAACAAGAUACCCGACGUUGUAAGGAAUGGAGACCCGGAGCAUUCGUAUCCCGGAUGUAUCAAUUUAUCAUUUGCCUACGUCGAGGGAGAAUCUUUAUUAAUGGCUUUGAAAGAUAUCGCCUUGUCUAGUGGAAGCGCUUGUACGUCGGCUUCGUUAGAACCGUCUUACGUUUUGCGAGCUAUUGGUACCGAUGAAGAUUUAGCGCAUUCAUCUAUCAGAUUCGGAUUUGGUCGAUUUACAACCAUCGAAGAAGUUGAUUACACUGCUGAAAGGGUCAUUAAAUACGUUGAGAAAUUAAGAUCGAUGAGUCCAUUGUGGGAAAUGGUACAAGAAGGGGUAGAUAUAAAAUCUAUCAAAUGGACGCAGCACUAAAAUCAGCGCCUGUUUUUUGCAUCAGAUUUCAUUCUGAGUGCAAUUUUUUAGUAUCGUUUGAUGAACGAAAAAAAGUGCAUUGUUGUUGCUUGUAAUUGUGAUUUUAAAAUCGGUUUUGUAUUUCGUACGGUAUUCCAUUGUUGAAGUUGUUGAAAAUAAAUAUUUUAUGAUGA